UACAUAUUUGUUCACGGUUCGCGCUUGUGUGCGUAGAAAAACUGGCUCGUCUAACAACACUGAUUUGAAAACGUCUUCAAUAGUAGUUGCUUUCCAUUUGUACUCAAGUGAUACUGAGUCAUUCGGUUUAUCAAAAGGAACGUGCACUCAACUGAGUUAUGACGUUAUAAGUGAGAAUUAUCUGAGUUUUGAUGGAAAGCAACUAUUAUUUAUGAUAAUCACAGAAUCAUACGCGCCAGUAAAUAUUUAUUAUAUUGAACAAUGGGAAGUAAGAAUGAUAGUUGUUUUAUUACUGUACCUGGAUUCUGUCCGGAUUGUGGAUCAAUUUUACCAUUACUUGAUGAAAAGAAAGCUACUGUUACUUGCUACGCAUGUAAAAGGAACUGGGGUUCGAAAACCUUUGGAAAUCUGGAAAUGACACAUACGAUUCACUUUAAUUCUAAGGACGCUUAUGCAUCCACUAAAGAAGCAAAUGAUAGUGAUGAUGAUGCAGAUGGGCCAAUUGUAGAACGAUCGUGUCCUCAAUGUAAAAAUGACAAAAUGUCGUAUGCUACAUUACAAUUGAGAUCUGCUGACGAAGGGCAAACUAUAUUUUACACAUGUACUAAGUGCAAAUACAAAGAAACAGAAAAUUCUUAAGGUAAAAUUUUCCAUUAUAUAUAUUAUUUUGCAUAAAGUUAUAAUAAAUAUAUGAUUUUAUUUCUUUUAUAA